AAUACUCUAAAAUAAAGGCUAAUCAACCAUCGAAAAAGUCAGAAACGUGAACACAGGGCAACCAUUACGUUAUACAUACAUCUACAAACAUCAAAAACCAUAUUCCAACGUAAAUUGAAUUUUGUUAGUAUUGAUAUUUAUUCCACAUUACUAAAAAUGAAUGUAGCAGUUGUAAACAGCCACACUGUGACAGAAUUCGUCAACGACGCAACGGAUUUCGACACUUUUGUGAACGAAUGGUUUGCCAUGAUAGACACCAAUGGCGACGGUAGUCUCUCGCGAGAUCAAGUCCGUGGCGGAUUUGGAAUGUUUAUGCCAUUAGGCUCAUAUUCACAUCCACAAGAAGAGGUUGAUAGUAUGUUGGAGUUAAUAUUCACGAGAUUCGACGAAGAUCAAAACGGAUCACUCGAUUUAAACGAGUUUAAGUCGUUAAUGACGGAGAUUAUGAAUGCGGUGGCUCGUGGAAUUGGUGGUUCGCCUAUUAUUGUUGCUAUUGAAAAAGAUAGCUUGCUUAUGAAGGCUGUUCAAAGAGAAUUGGUAACACAAUCAUGUCCUUCAUGA